AAUGAUAAAACACACGGCUCAACUGAACUGAGAGUCUGGAAAAGGAAAACGGAUAUUUUUAUACUGUUUCUGCAUCUAUGGGAAGUCUCUCUCUCCUCCCUCUCUCCCUAGCCGCUUCAUUGAGACCCCAUCUUUCCCCUUCCAAAACCCAACUCUCCAACUCCGUAUUCUGCCCACACCUCUCUUCGACAACUCUUAAAUUCGUACGGAUUCCCAGCAAAACCAUAGCUUUUGGAAGCAACGCAAGUGACCCUGGAGAGUCUCGUUUUUUGGAUGAGUACGGAGUCGUUGAUGAUAUGGAUGGGUAUCUCAACUACCUUUCUCUUGAAUAUGACACUGUUUGGGACACCAAACCUUCCUGGUGUCAACCAUGGACGAUAAUUUUAACUGGAGUAUCAGUGACUGCUAGUAGCUGGUUAAUUUUUCACUCAGUAGUUGUCACAAUCGGCAUAUUGUUUCUAAUAUGCACAUGGUGGUACAUCUUUUUGUAUUCUUAUCCAAAGGCGUAUUCAGAGAUGAUUGCCGAGCGAAGAAAGAGGGUGACAAAUGGUGUUGAAGACACAUUUGGUUUAGGCAACGAUAUCAAUUAAAAUUCAGCCGUGCCGGCAGCUCUCUCUCUCCGUUUUUCCACCAACUGAAGUCUCCCGCAUUCUUUUGUAUAAUUCCAUAAUGUGCUGUUAGCGUAGUUCAAAGAAAGGAAACCUUGAUGUUAGGGCGACAGCCUCACAAAUCAUUCCUCUAUCGUCUUUCUGUUUAUGUGAUUCGUAUUAGUCUAACUCCUAUCGUAUCAUUUCAAUUGUUUACUAGUUUUUCGUUCACUUUAA